UCGAAAUAAUAAAACGUUAGCUGCUCCAACAAAAGGACUCGACGAGAAUUUCUUUUUGAACGGAGCAUGUACUACAGAGAUAGAGAUAUUUGGAAUAACAAGGAUAAUCAAGAAGACGAGGAAGAGAACAAUUUGAUAGUAAUAGGAAGAAAUCAUUACAACUCGUGUCUAAUUGGGAUGGAAUGGACUCGGGAUAAAACCUUGGAACUUCUUCGAGAAUAUCAACAAAGACGCGUACUUUGGGAUUGGAAUGCUCGUGGUUACAGGGAUAGAACUAAACGUAAACGCGCGAUUCAAGAACUCGCUGAGAUAUUAUCUUGCAAUACAUUAGAAGUCGAGAAGAAAAUUACUAAUUUGAAGUGUCAAUACUCGAGGGAGGUGCACAAAAUUCAGAAUAGCCGGGACGUCGCUACCAGGCUGGACGAUGUUUACGUUUCCAAGUGGUUCGCAUUCAAGGCAAUGCAAUUUCUUCAAUUCGGUACUCGUCGGUAUAGCAAGAGAAAGAAGAAAAUCGAAGAAGAAUCAACACUGCAGGAAGAAUACCUUGUGAGUGACAUCGAUCCGGAAUGUAUAACAUUCGUCGACUAUAACGAAGAAACGAAUGGUUCUACGACUGGUUCACUCAAUGCUUCAUUGAGCGAAGAUGCUGAGGAAUCAUCCUCGUCAAGUUUGAAAGUGAUAGAACUUUGUAAUUCUUCGUUACCAAGGCCAAAAAAUCCGCUUGCCGAUAUUAAAGAAACUGGACAAACGUUGAACCUUGAAAAGGCAUCACCGAAUCAAACGAAAAAAACUAAAGAAGAAUUUGUUAAGUUCGGCGAAAGCAUAGCCGUACAACUUGCUGAAAUACCGGACUCUUAUUCCAGAUCGGUCGCGAAAUUGAGGAUCAAUCAAAUCUUAUUUGAAGCCGAAAUCGGCGUAUACGCGCAAACACGACGCUAAUUGAUUUGUUUUUAUGUCUAUCGUGCAUUUGAUAUCGAUAACUUUUCAAUUAAUUAAUUAUUUGUCCUCUCAAGGAUAAUAUUUGGAGACCUUGGGGACAAUCUGUUUUUGCUAUAUCUUUCUUAACAAAUUUUAUUCAUUUUAAUGAUAUUUUUUUUAUUAACAUGUAAUUAUAAAGGAGAGAUAAUAACGACUGGUAAUUAAAAAAUAAUAUUUAAAAUAUUUUGAGACCAAGGCAAAAUAUAAAACGAAAAAAAGAAAAUAAAUAAUUAGUAUGAAAAUACUGUAUAUGCAUAAUAUGAACGAAGUGGAACCAACUCGGCUAACGUAACACGUCUAAUCGGGAAACAUUUUCUUGCUUUACUCAAUGUCAUUCAACAAUAGCAGAUUUCUAACUAAUUAUUUUUCUCAGUAAUUGAUUUUUUUUAUUUUUUUCAUUCAUAUGCAAAGUAUAUAUUUAAAUUAAAUGAAUAAAUAAAUUUUAUACAAAAAUAAGACAGUCAUUUGAUUGCAACUUAAUUCGAUAUUAUAACGGAUAUACAUACUCGUCGUUUCAUUUUUCAUCAUAGUUAACUAGUUAACAACGGAGAUUUCUUCUUUUUGAUAAAAAUACAAUUAUAUUUCAAGCUUUAUUUUUUUUCUAUUAUAGUCUAUAAAAAAAUAAAUUAAUUAUGAAACUGUGAUAAACAUUUUUCUUUCAUUUGUUUAAAGAAAACGUACAAAUGAUAAGUACUAUAAAAAUAUAACCAUAUCAAUAAUAACAUAUAAUAAUAAAAAGAAAAUAACAUCUUAACAAAAUAUAUAAACAAUAAUUUGCAGAACUAUAAUCAAUUGCGCUCUUUCAUUUGACACAAUUUAAAUUUUUGUCGACUAUGUAAAAUAUGCCUUUACACAAGAUACUUAGAAUUAUAUAUAUGAUAUAAAUGAUUUUGUUUAAAUUACGAAUAAGUCCACUGUAAAAUGUGCAAAAAUCCUAGAAAAAAGAAGUAUACAUAACUGCUAAACAAUUUGAAUACGAAAGUAAAUAGUAUUUCCAACACUUUCAUAGUUUGAAUUACAAUAAGAGCGUACAAUAUUAAUAUAAGUAUCUCUAUUUUAUACAUGUGUUGAGAAUGUUCCACUAAAGCAAGAUAAAUACGACGAAUAGUACGACUACCAAAUUCGGUAAGUCUUUCCAUCGUAUGAUGUAACUUGGCAUGUUCACUGCAUAAUUCUUCUAUAAAAUAUAAAAUACAAAUGAAAA